AUGCAUCAUGCUAGAGUUGCAGCUGCACUGGCACUACAGGAUCAUCCUACAAUAGAGGCACCUCAGGUCCAGCUCAAUCUUGUGUUUAUUUUGAUCUUCAUGUUUCUCUUAAAUAGCUGCCUAAAGUUAUAUAUUAUCCUUCAGGUCAAAGGCGAGCCAAAUAUUUCAUACAUUUGCUCUCGUUACUAUCGUGCGCCUGAACUUAUAUUUGGAGCAACUGAAUACACAUUUGCAAUUGACAUUUGGUCUGUGGGUUGUGUCCUUGCUGAACUGCUUCUUGGGCAGCCCCUCUUUCCUGGUGAGAGUGGAGUUGAUCAGCUCGUGGAAAUUAUCAAGGUUCUCGGAACACCAACUCGGGAGGAAAUCAAGUGUAUGAAUCCAAAUUACACUGAGUUCAAAUUCCCACAAAUCAAAGCUCACCCUUGGCAUAAAAUUUUUCAUAAGCGGAUGCCUCCUGAAGCUGUGGAUCUUGUGUCAAGGCUUCUCCAGUAUUCUCCAAAUUUGCGGUCUACUGCGUUGGAGGCUUGCACCCACUCUUUCUUCGAUGAGCUCCGUGACCCUAAGACUCGUCUCCCUAAUGGUCGACCAUUGCCACCUCUCUUCAACUUUAGGCCUCAAGAGUUGAAAGGAGCAUCUGCAGAGCUCUUAAACAAACUGAUACCAGAACAUGCUAAGAAGCAGUGUACCUCCCUUGGUUUCUAAACCUUGUGAAUGUUAUGUAUCUUUAGUAUACUUAUUUGCAAACCAAUUUGUUUAUUAUC